CCAAUGAGCAGUGAUGUUCUCCUUUGUUGUCAAACGUGCGCUGACCGCGGAACUGAGCGAUUCGGGGGACAGGCUAUCAACUUGAGUUUGCUUACCAAUAAGCUCAUACUCUCACCUGCACACUCUCUCUCACUCUCUGUCGCUCUCUCUCUCGCUCUCUCUCUCUCUCAGAUGGAGGUAGAGCAGCUCCUCUCUCUCUCCGGCCCGGCGUUGGCCCAGGCCAUAAGUUCUCUGCUGGAGACACCAGGCCUCUACGUGUUCUCAGACAUCCUUGAGUUGCCCAACGUCAGAGAGCUGGAGACAGGCCCGCACGCACCAGUGUUUCAGCUACUCAACCUCUUCGCCUAUGGAACCUACUGUGACUAUAAAGAGAGGGCAGCCUCUCUCCCAGAGUUGACCCCAGCCCAGAGGAACAAACUCCGUCACCUCUCCAUCAUCAGUCUGGCAUCCAAUCUCAAGAGCGAGUCCCCAUGGACGUGUGGCUGUUCGUCACCAUCUGUGCCGCAGCCGUCAUCUUCGUCCUCCUCCUCAUCCUCACUGUCAUCCUCAUCCGACGCCACAGACAGCGGGUGAUGAUGCCCAGACGUGGCAAACGCAGAUUCUGCAACUGCAAAGACCCCAAACCAAAAGGAUUCUACAGAAACUAGUGAUAUCGUACAGAUCGGAAUCCCUGUCAAUGGACAAUGUGUCUACUAUUUUGUCUUAGCUAUUCUAUUCUGAUAAAAAAGAAAAACCAAAAGGACAAAAGAAGCAAGAAAGAAGAGGUUUUCAUGUGAUAUUUGAUAAUAGAUUUCACAAGUGUAUAUUGUCAUGCUUUAUGACCUAUGAUUGAGCUACAAUUGAACAAAUACUGUAUAUAAAUAUGUAUAGCUACUGUCACUUUUGUAUUACUGUACACUGAGCUUACAAAACAUUAAGAACACGUGCUCUUUCCAUGACAUAGACUGACCAGGUGAAUCCAGGUGAAAGCUAUGAUCCCUUAUUGAUGUCACUUGUUAAAUCCAC